AUCAACAACAGGGGAAUUUACUAAAACAACUGAAGAUUUCGGUCCUUCGAACUACUUACAAUUCAACAGUAUGGAUUAUGAAGAAUCGACAACAGGAGAAUUUACUAAAAGAUCUGAAGAUUUCGGUCCAUUGAACUACUUACAAUUCAAUAGUACGGAUUAUGAAGAAUCGACCAUCAAAUCUACAACAGAAAAUAAACCAAUAAUGGUUGACAAUGUGGCUGCCUUUGAUUUUGAUAUCACACACGAUUAUUAUAGCACAUAUGACUUUGAAUAUUUGAGCACAAAUGAUUAUCAAUCUAGUGAGUUUAGUACAUAUUCAACACAAAUUACAAAUACAGAGUUUCAUCAAACCAGUACCAAAGAUUAUGUUAAGUUGGCGAGGUUCACUCUCAAAAUAAACAAUGUGCCUCUGAUUGUAAAAGAAAAAAUGACUGAGGAGUCCUUUGAAGAGUUCCUAAAGAUAGAUAAACUUAAAUCUGAUUGGUGUGUUCGUUCAAUUGCAACAUUUGGAGAUUCCUGUGGUGAGAGUUUUGAGCUUCAGAUUAAUUUUGGAAAGUGUUUCAAGGCUCCAGUAAAUUUUGUGGAUUUAGAUCUCUUUGUCGAGAUGACUAAGUCUUAUUGGUACAUACUUCUGUCAUUAUUCCUUCUGACCUUUGCAGUUAUUUACUUUUCAAUUCAUAAAUGCUGGAAAAGGAACAGAAAAGUGGACUACAUGAUGACAGAGUUAGAGGAAGAGAUGAAAAGAAGAAGAUUGCCGGAGAAGCAUGCCACACAAGAAUCAGAUCUGUAGCGUACAAACCAAUUUUUAAAGGGCAACUUUGCCUAAAUUAAUCAAUCAAUCAAUCUUUAUAUGCCGUAAGAUACAUAACAUAUCAUUGACAAAGUAAGGGGUUACAGUUUUCAGACCAAGUCUUUAUAUAAAUAACAAAAUAUUCUUACAGGAUAAAUAUUUACAACACAUAAAUUAAUUACCUCAUUACAAUUCACGUCAAUUAGAGUGUCAAGCAGAAUGUGGGAAGAGCAAAUUGUGUAUUCACACUAAAAUUUCCCUCCCGCCCCCUUCGCUUUAAUUAUAUGGUACAGUUAUAACAAAAAUUAAUUGUCAUUGACAUAGUCUUACUCAUAGUUUAUUCAUAAGUAUACAUAGUAAUACAUGAAUUGCUCAAAAUAACUAAAAAUAAUGCUUAAACUAAGGUAACCAUUUUAAUUAUUCUAAAGAACAUACGGACAGGUCUAUAACUAUUCCCUGACUCUUUUUGUUUAAAUACUGGGGUAUUCUUCCGUUUUAAUUUUUAAAGGGAUGUAGGUAUUAGAAAAAAUAUGCCCUGCAUUGACAGCCUGUUUGAAACCUCUUAGUUAUGAUUUCCAAUUACAAAAUUAUUUUUGUUGUGUGUAUCAAUUUAUGGUUGCUUACAUUAAUUUAACGAUUAAAAUUUGGUUUUUGAAAAACACUAUAUAGUCAAGAACAUAUAAGCCAUACACAGUGAGGGUUCUUGAAAGUUUAUAGUGUUCUUUUCUUUUGCUGAAUAAUUGUUGUUAAUUUUUAACAUAUAGCUUUGAUAUAUUGCUUCUGAAUUGUCAACAUUUUUUCAAGAUUCCUUUUGAGGUAGCUCCAUAUUUACUAUACCAAGGGAUUAAA